AUGACGUCUUUCGUCGAAGGGUUGACCAGCCCCGAGAUGGAGAUCGCCGAGGGCGGAGUCAUCUUGGAUAACAGAACGUGAGUUAAAGUACUACCUUUGAAAUCACCUGGGAAUGAUUGCUCAGGAGGUUCGCCGACUUGAAAGCAAUGCUCGACAGUAACAAGGACAAUUUGAAGGUCGACGCCAUGAAGCGGAUUAUAAAUGUGAGCUCUGUGAUAGUUUGUUUCCCUCUCACCAUCAACUAUCGUUUUAGUUGAUUGCCAAAGGAAAAGAUGUGAGUGAGCUAUUCGCCGCUGUCGUCAAAAACGUGGCGGCAAAGAACGUGGAGCUGAAAAAACUCGUCUUCGUCUAUCUCGUUCGUUACGCCGAAGAGCAGCAGGAUCUCGCACUCCUCUCCAUCUCCACUUUCCAAAGAGCUCUGAAAGAUCCGAAUCAGCUUAUUCGUGGAAGUGCUCUCCGAGUUUUGACCUCUAUUCGCGUUCCGAUGGUCGCUCCGAUCAUGCUUCUCGCUAUCAAAGACGCUGUGCGAGAUAUGAGCCCGUAUGUCCGGAAAGUGGCUGCCCACGCCAUCCCGAAGCUCUACUCUUUGGAACCUGAGCUAGAAUCCCAAUUGGUCGACUGCAUCGACUUCCUGCUCGCUGACCGGAGGAGUCUUGUGCUCGGCAGUGCCGUCUAUGCUUUCGAUGAAAUCUGCCCGAGCCGUCUGGAUCUUCUGCACAAGCAUUUUCGUGCUUUGUGCCGCGGACUGGCCGAUGUCGAUGAAUGGGGGCAAAUUGUGAUGAUCAAUAUGUUGACGAGAUAUGCGAGACACGAACUGGCCGAUCCGGACAAGGGACCGCCCGAUUCGGAUAUUGUUCUCCUGCUCAAUUCUGCCCGUCCAUUGCUUCAAUCCAGGAACUGCGCUGUCGUGAUGGCAGUCACUCAACUCUUUUAUCACGUGGCCCCAAAAGCUCAGCUCUCACAAGUAAGACAAACAGUUCCAUACCUUCGCACUUUUAGUCAUUUCCAGAUCGCCCGUGCUCUGGUUCGACUGCUCCGUGGCCCCCGCGAGACUCAAUACGUCGUCCUGACGAACAUUGCAACGAUUUGCGAACGCAACCCGGUAGAGGAAGGGACAUACGCCAUCUCAAAAGUGCGCUGAUCACACAACUGAAAAGCAUGAAUAUGCAGCAGCAUGCGAGAGAAUCGCUCGUGAUUCUCGUGCCUCAUGAACACACCCUCUCAUUUGUGUUGUCGUUUUUGAGUGAUGCUUGGUUGUUUAUCAGUGGACUUGUGUCGAUGGAACCAUCACAAACUAAAUAAGCACCACCUUCUUUCAGACAAUGUUCGAUCCAUUCCUCAAAUCCUUUUUCGUGCGUUCCUGCGACAGUUCCCUCGUUAAGCAGCUCAAGCUCCACGUGCUCACCAGUCUUGUUUCUGAGGCCAACGUUCAUAUCAUUCUGAGAGAACUCCAGGUAACUUUGUGGUUUAUAGUGCUAUUCAAGUUUCAAUUAUCAAUCAGACAUACGUUCACAUGUCGGACCUGGCAUCUCCUGCUGUCGAAGCUAUCGGGAGAUGUGCCGUGCGAGUGGGAGCGGUGUCGGACCAGUGCAUGACUGGCCUGGUCCAACUCAUCUCCUCUUCCGAUGAGAAAGUUGUCUGCUCGGCUGUCGUCGUCAUCAAACGUCUUCUCCACGCAUCCGCCCCCGUCAACUUGCUCUCCCGACUCAUGCGACUGAUGCCGAAAAUGGUGGCCGCUCAGGCGAGAGCUUGUGUCGUCUGGCUCGUCGCCACGCACGUCGAGCAGGUCAUUCACAUGGCUCCAGACCUUCUCCGUUUGAUUGCCAAAAAGUUCCCAACUGAGAGCGAGUUAGUGAAAGUGAGUUUAUUUCGUCCUUCAUACAACAAUUCAAUAUCGUUUUUUGCAGCUUGAAGCCUUGAAACUGGCGGUCAAGCUUUGGCUGGUGAAGCGUGAGGACUGCGAGAAGAUCGUCCAGUACGUGUUCCAACUGGCUCGUUUCGAUCUGAGCUACGACGUCCGCGAUCGCUGCCGAUUCCUUCGGAAUUUGAUGUUUAACACGGAAAUUCUUUCCCAACACAUGGAAGAGAUUUUCAUGUCGAAAAAGCCUGCUCCGGCGCUAAUCAGCAGCUUCAAGGAGAGGGAUCAGUUUCAAUUGGGAUCCCUUUCGCAUGUGCUCAACCAACGAUGUACCAAGUACAUCAACCUUCCCGAUUUCCCCGCACACUCGAGUGAUCCAAGCCUGAGAAAAGAGGUUCACGCUUCGACGGAACUGAAGUUGGAUGAGGACAGUGAAGAGGAAGAGGAAGAAGAUGAUGAAGACGAAGAGGAAGACGAGGAGGAGGAGGAGGAGGAAGAAGGGGAAGAGGACGACGCCGAUGAAGAAGAAGAAGAAGAAGAAGACGGCGAUGAAGAGGACGAGGAAAGUGAAGACGAAUCUGAAGAGGACGAAGAGGAAGAGGAGGAGGACAGCGAAGAAGAGCCGCCGAAGAAGCCCACCAAGAAGCCGGCUCCAGUGAGCACCAAACCGCCAGGAGUCGUAAACGGAAAGUCAAAGUCAAAACCAGAGACAAACGCGCUCGACCUACUCAUCGACGUCGAUUUCUCGGCGGCAGGAAGUCGACAAAUUAUGGAUUCAUCAUACGUGGAAGAGAAAGAAAUCGAACUGCUGAAUGUAAUCGAAGGAAACGGUAUACAAUUGGCAAUCAGUUAUCCCCGUCUGAAUGACGGGCAGUACACGGCGAUCCGAUUCGGAGUGACAAAUAAAACGGAAGAGGACUUGACGGGGGUUGAACUGAAGUCUGCUGAAGGUCUCGACAUGAAAGGCAACUCUGUGAUCGGAGACAUUCCGGCGGGAGCACGUGUGUCCGUUGAUUUGCUCGUCGAUUUGAACGAUAGUGCGACGAGUAGAGAAUGGAUUCUGAAGAAGGACGAUGGACACGAGAAGCACUUCAGAUUCGAGGUAAAUUUGAUUAUUUAUCUAUCCCCAAAUACUUCAGUCGUGUCUAGGUUCCGUAUGGAGAACAAGUGCAACCGAUCCGUCUGUCUCAAGAAGACAUUGCGAAGGAGAACAGUCGAUUGGGCGGCCUGAAUCGACACGUCAUCCAGUUGGAAAAGCCGGUCGACGGCUCCACGGUCGCCAGAUUCGUCAACGGAUUCUCUGCCGAUCAGAAGGUGUUCACGUGCCAGACACGUUCUCGGAAGGACGUCUGCAUUCUCACUCUCUCGGAUCGAUCUAUCGAAUGCUGCUGUGAUAAUUCGGUCAUCGGACGGAUGCUGGCGUUCGCCGUUUCAAAAAACUGCUAG